GUGGAGUCUGGUGAUGGAGAGCGCCGUGCCAUCGGACCGGGGGAACUACACCUGCGUCGUUCAUAACCAGUACGGCACCAUCACCCACACCUACCAGCUGGAUGUUCUAGAGCGCUCCCCUCACAGGCCCAUCCUUCAGGCCGGCCUCCCGGCCAAUCAGACGGUGGUGUUGGGCAGCGACGUGGAGUUCCACUGCAAAGUUUACAGCGACGCCCAGCCGCACAUCCAGUGGCUGAAACACAUUGAGGUCAACGGCAGUCGCUACGGCCCUGACGGCGUCCCCUACGUCAACAUCUUGAAGACGGCCGGUAUUAACACCACAGAUAAGGAGCUAGAGGUUCUCUUCUUGACCAAUGUGUCUUUUGAGGACGCGGGCGAGUACACUUGUCUGGCAGGGAACUCUAUCGGCUAUGCUUACCACUCUGCUUGGCUGACGGUGCUUCCAGUGAGCCCAGAGAAGGAAGACUACUACGUCGACAUCCUCAUCUACGUGACGGGCUGCGUGCUCUUCAUCCUCGCCGUGGUCAUCGUCGUCCUCUGCCGCAUGAGGAUGACCACGCAGAAGACGCUGCCCACGCCGCCGGUGCAGAAGCUGUCGAAGUUCCCCCUCAAGAGACAG